ACUUGAUACCUACGUUUGCAACAUUUGUUUUAUGCCUGGGCAUUGGUGUCGAACUCGGAAUUUUAGUAGGUGUUGCCAUAAAUAUAAUGCUUCUUCUUAUACCAUCGGCUAGACCGUUUUUGCACAUUGAAAUGAAAAAGUUAAGAACUGGUCUGGAUUAUUUACUUGUGACUCCAGAGAAUAGUCUUUACUUUCCAGCUGUAGACUUCAUGCGAGCCAAAACGGAUCGAGCUGCUGUUAAAAUGGGACAGUCUAAACUUCCUGUUGUGGUUGAUUGUAAACAUAUACUUGAUGCAGACUUUACAGCUGCUAAAGGCAUUGCUGGAUUGAUAACAGACUUUAAAAGGCGAAAACAGCCGUUAUGUUUUUAUAAUCCAAGAAUAAGUGUAUUAGCCGUGCUACAGGGCGUGUGUGUGGAUGAAAUUGUUCACUGUUUCACAUAUGACGAACUGGAACAAACCCUAAAUGAUAUCAACUUUUCUGGAAAUCCAGCUGAAUUAAAAGACAUAGUACAUACAACAUCCCAGCAGUCACACGAAACUCCGCUUUUAAACAGAAGACAACAUUAAACACACAAUUUAUUUUAUAGUUUAUUGUUUUCCUUCAUAAUGAAUAAUUCUAUUGUAAUUUAAUUUAAUUUAUAUAGAAUCAUCAUAUAUGAGUGUUUUAGUUCAUGUACAGUUUGUCCCGAAAGGAUAUACCCAUUAGCUGUAGAGGGGUACUCACCGCCCGAAUAGAAAUAAUUUUUUUUGCCGUUUUAUCUAUAAGCUAAAAAAAAWUAUUAAAAAUCAUGUGAUUGAUAAAUAUAAAAUUUCGAAAGGUCAAAAUUUUCAGCAAAAUAAAUCCUAUAAAAAAGCUAUUUUUAUUUUUUUCAGAAAUUAAAAAAUUAAAAAAAUUUUUUUUUACUUUUUUCCAAAAAAAUAAAAUACAAGUAGCCUUUGUAUGUUUGAGCUUUAUAAAGAAAAGAAAAUAUUUAUUAUCUCAGGAGAUAAAUGGGUCUGAAUGGGAUAAAUCACCUCGCGGGACACUCUGUAUAAUGGAUAUAAUUAAAAUUUUUUUUAUGAAAUUUGUGUUAACAUUCAAUAAUGACAACUUUAUUUCAUUUGUACAAAUUUUGUCAAAAGUUAGAAAUUAAGGAUCAUUUUUUAUUAAUAUUUUAUUAUUUUCAAUAAUUGUAAUUUAUUUAUAUAUUUUUCUAAUAAUUUGUACACUUGUUCGUUGUACUAUACUUACUUGUAUAGUUUAUAUGAAUGUAUGACAAUAUUUUUAUAAAUGAGACGCAUAAAUAUUUUUCUAAGUUAAUCAAGUAAAAAAUGUCAAGAUCAUUUUUAUAACUGACCACCUAUUUUAGGUUUUAUUUUUGAAUAAUGUUGCAAAUAAAUU